AGGGACUACAUAUAAGUUAAUGACGCUUUCCCCAACUGUGAUAAUCCUUCAAAUCUCAACUCUUAUUUUCUCUUCCGUAAACAUCAUCUCUAACCUUAACCAACAAUAUGACGACCCCCUUCGGAGCUCCCAUGCGCGCGCACUUCCUCUUCGACCCCAACUUCAAAAACCUCAACCACGGCUCCUAUGGCACCUACCCACGUACCGUCCAAUCCACGCUCCACAGCCUCCAAAACGCUGCGGAAGCCCGCCCCGACGCCUUCAUCCGCAUAACCCGCGGCAAAGGCAUCGACGAAUCCCGCCUCGCCGUCUCCAAACUACUCAACGUGCCCGUCAACGAAUGCGUCCUCGUCAAGAACGCGACCACAGGCGUAAGCACCGUCCUCCGCAACCUGAUCUUCCAACCCAACGACGCACUUAUCUACUUCGACACCACCUACGGUGCCGUCGAGCAUGGUCUCGUCUCCCUGACGGAGAGCACACCUCUCCAGACCCGGAAGGUCGAGUACCAGCUACCCAUCAGCCAUGACGAGCUAGUCACCCGCUUCCGGGACGUAGUGACCAAGACGAGGAACGAGGGACUGACCGUCCGGGUUGCGGUCUUCGAUACCAUCGUUAGUAUGCCCGGGGUGCGGUUCCCGUUCGAGACCUUGACGGAGGUAUGUCGGGGGGAGGGCAUCCUGAGUCUGAUUGACGGGGCGCAUGGGAUCGGACAUAUACCGUUGGAUUUGGGGGCGUUACGCCCGGACUUUUUCACGAGUAAUCUGCACAAUCAUAGAUGGUUAUUCGUCCCCCGGGGCUGCGCAGUCCUCUAUGUCCCACUUCACAACCAGCAUCUAAUUCGAACGACCCUCCCAACAAGCUGGGGCUUUAUUCCCCGCUCUGCGGAGACAUCCCCCGCUCCGGCGAAAAACGAUGGCUCUAAAUCCGCAUUCGAGUAUCUCUUCGAAUACACCCCCACGACAGACGACACGCCCUUCCUGUGCGUCCGCUCUGCGCUGAAGUUCCGCGCCGAGGUCUGCGGCGGCGAAGACCGUAUCCACGCUUACCUCGAGAAACUGGCACGCUCGGCGGCAGAUAUCGUUGCCCGCGCACUCGGGACAGAAGUGAUGCAGGAACCCGGGCUGAAGGAAGGGGAGGCGAGUCAGCUGCGGAGGUGUGGACUGGCGACUGUGCGGUUGCCAAUUGCUGUUACUUCUGAUUCUGAGAGCGGGCAUGCUAUUACGACUGUGCGGGAUGAGAAGGGUGGGACGUAUCUGUCGGUGAAGCCGGCUGUGGUGCCGGCUGUUAGCUUAUGGUUUCGGGAUACGUUGAUCGAGGAAUAUGGGACUUUUGUGCCGGUUUUUCAGUAUGGGGGGUGGCUUUGGACGAGGUUGAGUGCGCAGGUUUAUCUUGAGGAAAGUGAUUUUGAGUGGUUGGCCGGGGUUUUGAAGGAGUGUUUGGCGAGGGUGGAGGGGGAGGUUGGAUCGCCUGCGAAGCUGUAGGAUUUUGAAAGCUUGAUUUCGGUGCUUUUUCGGAAUCUGUAGGUGUCGAGGUAGUCUGUUGGUUGGUGCUACU